AUGUUCUCCACAAACCACACCAUAGUGACAGAAUUCAUUCUCUUGGGACUGACAGACGACCCAGUGCUAGAGAAGAUCCUGUUUGGGGUGUUCCUGGCGAUCUACCUAAUCACGCUGGCAGGCAACCUGUGCAUGAUCCUGCUGAUCGGGACCAAUUCCCACCUGCAAACACCCAUGUAUUUCUUCCUUGGCCACCUCUCCUUUGUAGACAUUUGCUAUUCUUCCAAUAUUACUGCAAAUAUGCUGCACAAUUUCCUCUCAGAACAGAAGACAAUCUCCUAUGCUGGAUGCUUCACACAGUGUCUUCUCUUCAUCGCCCUGGUGAUCACUGAGUUUUAUAUCCUUUCUUCAAUGGCAUUGGAUCGCUGUGUAGCCAUUUGCAGCCCUUUGCAUUACAGUUCCAGGAUGUCCAAGAACAUUUGCAUCUCUCUGGUCACUGUCCCUUACAUGUAUGGUUUCCUUAAUGGGCUCUCUCAGACACUGCUGACCUUUCACUUAUCCUUCUGUGGCUCCCUUGAAAUCAAUCAUUUCUACUGUGCUGAUCCUCCUCUUAUCAUGCUGGCCUGCUCUGACACCCAUGUCAAAAAGAUGGCAAUGUUUGUAGUUGCAGGCUUUAAUCUCUCAAGCUCUCUCUUCUUCAUUCUUCUGUCCUAUCUUUUCAUUCUUGCAGCGAUCUUGAGGAUCCGUUCUGCUGAAGGCAGGCACAAAGCCUUUUCUACAUGUGCUUCCCACCUGACAAUAGUCACUUUGUUUUAUGGAACCCUCUUCUGCAUGUAUGUAAGGUCUCCAUCAGAGAAGUCUGUAGAGGAGUCCAAAAUAAUCGCAGUCUUUUAUACUUUUUUGAGCCCAAUGCUGAACCCAUUGAUCUAUAGCCUACAGAACAGAGAUGUAAUCCUUGCCAUACAACAAAUGAUUAGGGGAAAAUCCUUUUGUAAAAUUGCAGUGUAG